AUGGAGGACACCGCGGCGCUGCUGGGCUCUUCGGCCAUCAAGCAGCGCUUGGCCGGCGUCACGGGGCUCCUGGAGCAGCUACGCAGGCAGGACGCGGCCCCCGAGGCCUCGGCCACGCUCAUCCCGCACGUGCUGACCUGUCUGCGCGACCACAACUCCAAGAUCGCGCUGGGGGCGCUGGAGAUCCUGCAGCUGCUGGUCUCGCGCGUGGCCGAGAGCACGCUGCGCUCGUACUUCAAGCUGCUGUGGCUCAGCCUCGUAGAGCGGCUCGGAGACAGCAAGCUGCCCGUGCGCGAGAAGGCCGUGGACGUGGUGGUGGAGAUCUCCGUCGUCCUGGACGUUAAUACAGUGCUGGACAAGCUCAAGGGAUGCAUGGGCCACAAGAACUGGCGCACCAGGGAGCAGAGUCUUCAUGCGGUUUGGAGGUGCCUGGAGCGACAUGAGCUGUUCAAGGAGAAGCAGGACGAGCUGUUGGACGAUGUGCUGAAGUUGCUGGGAGACUCGUCGAAAGAUGUGCGGGAUGCGGCGAUUACUGCGUUGGAGAAGUUUUACAUGUAUAUUGGGGCUUCGUUGCUGAGUGAUCUGGAGUAUAAGAAUAUCCGUUCCGCGCAAGUGAAGACGUUGACAGAUAGGUUCGAGCGGAUUCCUGUCCGUGGCAAAGAGAGCCACUCCAUUACGCAUACGGCGCCGUCGUACGAUGAUCGAUCGAACCAGGAUUUUGACGACGACGCUGCACAGGACAAUGCUGCCCCCCAGAAGUAUUCCUCAAUCUUGUCGUCGUACGACUUGCAAGUCUCGUCGUCGUCAUCUUCGAUCGCUAGGUACCUGGCAUCUGUUCGUAGCCGAACAAUUAACGAAGCGAAAGCUGUGGCUCAUGUGUCAGGUGAUGGCGACCGGUCUCCUUCACAAGCAUCGUCAACAAGUAGUAAAGUCGUCCAGGAUUUCAGCACGGCAGGUACAUUUGGCUCUGGCGGGGGUGACAUUUCAGAGAAGGAAAUUCAAAAGCAGCUGGGAGUGAUUUUUGACAAGCUUAAUCUCGACAACAACUGGGAUAAGCGUGUCGACGGGCUGAAAAUGCUCCAGAAGCUGGCGAAGCGAUGCGGCAGUGCGUCAAAUAGCGGAGUGCUCCCAUUCUUAUCACAGGGUCUUCGUCCUAUUCGAGAGCGUCUUUGUCAGCAAGUGAGCGACCUACGAUCGUCAGUGUCCCGAGAAGCAUGCCAAACGAUCCAGACACUCGCCAAUAGUCUGCGUGAUGAGUUCAAUGCCCACGCAGAGAUUUGUCUUGGCAAUCUAUUGAAGGCGACAUAUGUGACUAUCCAAGUCAUUUCGACUUCGGCAGACACGACGAUUCGGAGCAUGAUUGAAAGCACCAGCAAUGGUUAUGCACGCGUGAUUCCGAAGUUAAUUGAGUGUGCCAAGUCUCGAAACCAGGUGCUUCGAUACAAUGCGGUGUGCUACUUGACGAUGACGCUGCAGCGAUGGAGUACAAGUUUCCUGAGCAAACACUCGGAUAUGUUUGUGCCGAUUUUGCCCGCUCUUUUGCAAGAUGCGCUGGGCGAUGUGCGCGCUCAGUCGAGAAAGUGUUAUUGGGCUUUUCACCACCUCUUUCAGGACGAGGCUGAUGGCGUAUUCGCUCGCUUAAAUGGAACGACGCAAAAGAACUUGAAGGAUGAUCCCUCGAAAUUUGCGGCGAAAGCUGCACGCCAGACGGAGUUUAGCUCGAUGGAUGCUCCAGCUUCCCAGGCUGUCGAGGUCGUAAGGUCAGCACUUCGGACGGCCAACGCAAUUCAUCCGUCCAGCGAUGCUCCGGGUGCUUCAAGCUCAGUGACAUUUAGCGAUGAACACCUGAGUGUGCAGCGCGUGCCAAGUUCUGGGGAUUUGGUUUCUGAAAAGUUACCAAGACGGGUUCUCGGAGGAUACUCGGGUUCAGUUGGAGACGAUGCAGCUCAAGACAAUCUGCAGCCUUCGCGAAUGCUAUCGCAGGGGCCGAUGCGUGUCGGGAGAGUUAAAACUCCCGUACCCAAGGAGAAAUCUACGUCGGCGAAUGAUAGGAAGAAAAGUGCCCCAGCGGGCCCUCUGCGGGUUUGGAAUGCCCCGCCGAAGCCAUCGCAGGCACCCAGCACGGCAGUGGAAAGUCUUUACACGUCGAGACAGGAGCCAUCGACUGCGAGCUUCCACACCAGCUCGAAGAACCCGACCUCUAAAGCGCAACGAGUUCAACAUGCAGCUGAAGCUCAAGCCCCAGUUCCGAUGGAUAUCGACGACGCACAGCCCAGUGGCCCAAAAAGAUUUCCUGUUGCAUCAAUCCCUUCGCCGACUGCGUCUAAUGCGUCGAGUUCAAGAACGAACAACUCGUCAAGGGGUGACUCAGUUGACAUGAAGUCGAAGCCAGCACGCACUGCACCAGUAAAGUCUUCAGAACGACCUAAGGUAGCGCAAUUGCCCGUCCUCGAUGAACUUGAGGAAGCACUACGGAAUAUUGAAAGCAGGUCCUGGUCCACCAGGCUGGAGGCUGCCGAGUACAUUGGUAAAAUCCUCCUGAAACGGCUGGAUCAGAUUGACAACGGUGCACGUGGAGAUUACAAGGUGGACGGCCGAAUUCUGACGGUAUUUAUCAAGCACUUGAGUGACGCGCACUAUCGCGUCUCACAGGGAGUUUUGAAGUAUUUCCUGCCACUGUUAAAGCUAUCGAGCGACAACCAGCGCCUUCUUCCUCACCUGAAGACGGUUCUACCGAAGCUGUUUCAAAAGUAUAUUGACACGAAGGAAUCCAUUCGGGUGAUUGCCAAGGAGAAUCUGGAGUAUAUCGCUUCGGCGAUCGAUAGCUCGACGCUGGCCGCUCUGGUGAUAUCGAUGCUUGGAGACGGCAGUAACAUGAAGGUCAAGGCCGCCAUGUGUCAUUAUCUGCGCGAUCUGCUACCUGGGGCUGGAGAGUACUUGAAGCAUGGAGCCAACAACAGCCACAUGAGGUCGUUUUUGCUCAAGCUUGCUCUCCUCAUGGACACGGACGUCCCCGUUUCCAUUUCUUCAGCUUGCGGUGAGCUUGUGUCGAUCGCCGCGCAGCUGUAUGGCCCUGAGAUGGAGGUCGCUCUGGGACUUCUGCCCCCGUCAAAGCGUUUGGUGGUUUCUAAGGUCCUGAAGUCCAAGAAAAUCGUCCUGAACUUCAGCAACACGCCUAGGCCGCCGCUGUCUUCCUCAGCGGCCCCGCACUCAGCAAGAUCGCGUGAUGGCGGAGACGACGACAACCAGGACAUGGAGCUCCCAGCACCGAAGCCGGAGCGGUGUCGAAAGCGACCAGAGUCACCGAGCGUGAGUUCCUCAAGUCCUGCUCGGCCAAGCAGCCAAAAGAGGAUCAACACGGCUGUGCAGAUAGCUUCCCCAGUACCUGUGGAGAGCCAGAGGACUGACGACCGCCCGAGCAGACCAGUACCAGCUAAACAACCCGACGAGAUCACCGGGAAGGCUACACUGUCAGGACAGCCAGCGCAGUCUACAGCAGUGUUUUCGUCGGCUGCAACCAGGACGAACAAGUACGACGUGCAGCUCGACGAUCUUCUCCUGCUCCUCGAGCAGAACAAUUUGUCCGAGGCGGAGAUCAAGCACACUCUCUACAAGACCUUACACUUCAUCGAAACAGAGUCGUCCGCGACCUGGGAUCGUUGCUUUGGCCGCUUGCUCCUGCUGCUGCUCGACGCUGCCACUGACAAGGACGUAUACGCGCUCAAGGUUCUCCAGAAACUGGUCGAAGCUCAACCUUCUCGAGCGCAAAUGUUUUUCGAGCUGCUUCUUCAGCGCCUGAUUGACGCGAUCGGUUACCAGGUGGACGUGGCUCGCCACUUGAUGGAGCGGAUUCUGCACGACCUCGUGAGCUUCGCCAGCGACCACCAGCAAACGCUGUCGACGCUGAUGCCGCUGGUUCCUCGCGUGGACGCGCCUGCACUUCAAGUGGUGCUGCGCCUCGUCAAGGUCUGCCUGCAAACCUGCGAGCGCAGCUCUGCUCAGAAUGCCGCGUUCCUGCGCCAGCCCGACGUGGCCAACAGCCUUAUGAGCGCUCUGACGCGGCGCCUGGACCACGCGAGCUCGAGCGUCCGCAAGAACGCGGUGGACUGCCUCGUGGCCUUCCACUUCGCGGCCAAAGAGGACAGCGCGAUCGUGCCCAAGUUCCUGGCAGCCGAGCUGGACGACACGCGGCGACGACUCGUCGAGAUCUUCAUCGACCGCGCCAAGGUGGAGCGCCACCCCGUCGGCCUGUCGACCUGAUUGAGAGUUGAGCGUCAUGCGAUUGAGACCUACCUAACCAGUAACUUAUUCGAUAACUCGGAGGUGCCGAGUUCAACACUGUGCCGUUGCU